AUGAGUGAAAAAGCAGAAGAGACCGGGGGCGCCCGCAGCCCGACGGGUUCGUCCAUCGUGCAGGACGAAGUCGACUCGGUGAAGGGCGACGGCCUCGGCGAGGCUUCGGCUCUGGAUCAUGACGUCGAAAAGACAGUCCCCGGUCACGAGUUUGACAUGGAGUUACAGAGCGCGCAUCGUGUCGAGACUCGUGCUAGCGUGCGCAGCAAAACCUCGCGCGUGUUGAGCAUUAUUCGCAGCAGGACGAAGAAGGAAGGCCUCCGCCAUGAGCUGCUCCCUGUCACCAACCUUGACGAGGGCAUAGUCGGAUGGGAAGGGCAGGACGACCCUGAUAUGCCACUGAACUUUCCCGCCUGGAAAAAGUGGAUGCUGGUUGCAUUACUGUCUGCUAUCACCCUACUGACCCCAUUCGCAUCGUCGAUACUGUCACCUGGGAUCUCCAAGCUGAGUGAAGAGUUUGGGAACGACAACACGAUCGUAGGGUCUAUGACGGUCAGUAUCUACCUUCUGGGAUACGUGAUAGGCCCCCUCUUUCUGGCUCCGCUUUCCGAGAUAUACGGGCGAAAAAUUAUUCUUUGUGCCGCCAACGUAUUCUUCUGUGUUUGGCAAAUAGGGUGUGCUCUAGCACCGGAUAUCGCAACGCUCAUUGUGUUUCGCUUUUUCAGUGGCAUCGGAGGUGCCGGUUGCCUAACUCUCGGCGGUGGUGUCAUCGGGGAUCUUUUCCACCCAGAACAUCGUGGAUUCGCUAUGGGUAUUUGGACUCUGGGGCCGUUGUUAGGCCCUACGAUUGGCCCUUUGAUCGGUGGUUUCGUUGCGGCAUCCAUUGGUUGGAGAUGGGACUUCUGGAUCGUUCUGAUUGUCGGAGUCCUGAUCACGGCCCUCAUCGAAUUUUUGAACAAGGAAACCAGUCACCGGGUCCUCAUAGAGCGAAAGACACUCCGUUUACAAAAGGAACUUGGCCGCGAUGAUCUCAGAAGCUGCUAUGACUCUGCUCAUCGCCAGUCGAGGUCACGGACACUAAUGAAUGGCUUAGUCAGGCCCAUUAAGAUGCUCUUCUUGUCGCCUCUGGUCCUCGUACUUUCGCUGUACAUUGCAUUCCUCUACGGCGUCUUAUACCUUCUCUUCACGACUAUACCGACUGUAUUUGAAGAAACGUACAAUUUCACAGUCAGUCAGACUGGCCUUGUUUACCUCGCCAUGGGACUUGGGAAUAUCAUCGGCUGGGCAGUCAUCACGCUAUACUCUGAUAGGUCGGUUGUGCAGCUCGCGAAAGCCAACGACGGCAUCUUCGAACCUGAAAUGCGACUGGUUAUGAGCAUCUACUUCGGUACCUUCCUUCCAAUCACCUUGUUUUGGUAUGGCUGGUGCGCCUACUACAAAACUCACUGGGCGGCGACCGUUCUGUCACUGGUUCCCUACGGUUUCGGCGCAAUGGGAAUUUUCCUCCCCCUAACAACAUACAUGGUGGACAGCUACCCUAUGUACGCUGCUUCCGCAAUCGCUGCCAAUACUGUCCUCAGGAGUCUUGUGGGGGCAGUGCUGCCGUUAGCAGGGCCGCCCAUGUACAAGUCGUUGGGCCUAGGAUGGGGGAAUUCAUUGCUGGGGUUCAUCUGCGUCAUCAUGAUACCCUUGCCUAUCAUUUUCUACAAAUUUGGGGCCCGUCUGAGGAAAGCCCAGCGCUUCACGUUGUAG